CAUAUAGGUUAAUAAAAAGUAGCAUCAGCCAUUGUAAUCAAUAUGCUAUUGGAUACAAAUAAAUCUUGAAUACUUGUUAAAUAUCCAAUAAAUAGAUAUUACAUUAUCGUUUAAAUAGAUAAGAGUUAUUUCCGGUUCAAUAAAAAAAAAUUCUUUGUGUUUAUAAUAUAUAACAAAUAAAUUGUAAUACGUUAAUUUAACUCACAAUUAUCGAUAUGGCAUCUCAGGUGUACGAAUUCAAUGUAGAAAUGAUGUGUGAAGGAUGUGCCAAUGCUGUAACAAAUGUACUUAAUAAGAAAGAAGGUGUUAAUGAUGUACAAAUAGAUCUACAAGAAAACAAAGUAUUUGUCACAUCUAUACUUUCUUCUGAUGAAAUAUUACAGACUAUUAAAAAAAGUGGAAAGACAUGCAAAUUUUUAGGAAUAAAAAAAUAAAUAUAGUAUAUAUUUAAUUAUAUUUUAUAUCAUUUAUUUUCAAGAUUUAUUUUCUUCUAUAAAAUUAUUGUAUUAAAUGUAGUUCUUUUUACAUUAAAGUUUCAAAUCAUGCAUAAAAAGAAUACUUAAAAAUUUAUUUUUAUAAUAACAUAUGUUAAGUAUUAAUUAAAAAAUUUUUAUUUUGAAAUUAAUUUUAGAAAAUAUUAAGUACAAUUUAAAUAUAUAUUUUAGAAAUAUUUAUUAUUUACUUAUAUAAUCAAAUAAUUUUUUAAAUAAAAUAUAAAAAUUUAUUUUCUUAA